CUUCCUCUCCAUAUAAAAGGAUCACUACCGCUCAUUCGUGAACCCUAAUUCAGCCGACGAGCUCUCUGCUUCUCCUGGUUUGCUCGUUGUUCUGAAAGACUAGAGUCAUGACUUUCAAGCGCAGGAAUGGUGGACGCAACAAGCAUGGACGCGGACACGUGAAAUUUAUCCGCUGCUCCAACUGCGGCAAAUGCUGCCCCAAGGACAAGGCCAUCAAGAGGUUCCUUGUCAGGAACAUCGUGGAGCAGGCAGCUGUUAGGGAUGUUCAGGAAGCCUGUGUCUAUGAUCAGUACACUCUUCCUAAGCUGUAUGCUAAGAUGCAGUACUGCGUUUCCUGUGCCAUUCACUCUCACGUUGUGAGGGUUCGAUCACGCACUGACAGGAGGAAGCGUGAUCCUCCACAGCGCUUCAUUAGACGCAGGGAUGACGCACCAAAGCCUGGGCAGCCAGGACAGGCCCCUCGUGUUGGAGCUGGAACUGCACCCCGUACUUGAAGAAACUUUUUAUAUGCUUUUAAAUUUUCUUAUGGUUUCUCAAUCAUCGUGGAUUUGAAUUUUAUUUAGGAUUUUUGAUAUAUCAAGGUUUUGUUUCAAGAAUUGUAUGCUGCAGCUACUUUUGAAAUCUGAUUAAUUUUUGGUUGACAUGUUCAUCUUUAA